UUAUCGGGCAAGUGACUGUCAACAGUCACUUAAAACGGCCAUCUUCUCGGCCUCCUCGUAUAUAUCCGUUAACUCCAAGCUGAUGUGUUCUGGGCGUCAGCCAAUCACAAAACACUCUUCUAUGUUGUGACUCAUGAAGCAGACGGAAUCCUUUGUUUUUAUUGGCUGGGCAGCAAGACAAACACGGCAGUGUGUGAUCGGCUUCGAGACGGGGUGCAUCUAACGUUGAGUGCUCUCCACUCAUCUCGUCUCUGCAUACUACAGAAUGUCGAUCAGCCUCACUUCAUUUUACGGUCAAAACCGCAAAGUCAUUGUACCAACCAACCCUGCUGGUAGUGAUGAUGACCAAGAGCUUGACCUAUCUGCUGAUGAUGACGCUGACCCUGACUUCGAGCCUGUGCUAUCCCAGGAUUCUUCCAGUGAAGAUGAACUCAGGCCUAGCCACCAGCUCAAGCGUCAGAAAGCUUCUUCUCAAACAAGGAACCUUGCAAUAGCUGAUGUGGAAGAUGACUCUGGAGAGGAUGGAAGCGAUCAAGAAAACACCACUUCAGCUUCAUCACCGUCAUGGGAAAAAAAUGAUAUAUACCUACCCACCUCCUCUUCCCGAGAAGCCAUACCCACAGCCUGAUCAUAUCUCUACACCAUAUGAAUAUUUCCUGAAGCUUUUUCCCUUAGAAGUCAUAGAUCAUAUUGUUUACCAAACAAAUUUGUAUGUGAAACAAAUAGACAUAAACACGUCAUUUGCCACUAACAGGGAUGAAAUUAUGAACUUCAUAGGCAUACUCUUGUAUAUGGGAGUUUGUGAAUUACCAUCUUUGGAGGAUUACUGGGCAAAUGAGACAAGAGUCCCCCAAGUAGCUAAUGUGAUGUCAUCCAAACAAUUCA